AUGGCCAAAGGUGCGCCCGCCGCAUCCUCUACGACCGCAACUCCUCCGUCUGCGUUGAAACGCGCGACUCCCAGCUCCCAGAACAUGCGCAGCCAGAAGUCCAUUCUCGGCUUUUUCCAGAAAUCCUCGCCCUCAACUCCAGCGACUGCCCGCAAUGCUGAGCCCGCGUCGUCGCCCGCUCAGCGGGCAUCCGAGCAGCGCGCAACAAGCGCGACCAAGAAGAAGAGCGUCCCGGCCUUUUCCGACUUAGCAUCUGUUCCUAGUAGUGACUUGAUGAUUCCGGAAGAGGAGGAGGAAGAGGAAGUCAGCAAGUCUGAGGCUAAUAAACAGACGGCUUCUCCAUCUCGUCGGGCUAAGAAGAAGGUCAGCUAUGCUGAAUCUGACUCGGAAGGCGAAGAUGACGACGAGGCUAUAUUCCGCCCCGGGCGACAGAACAGUCGCGCAUCGAAACGACGGAAGACAUCCCCCGAAAGCGAAGACGAGUUUGACCAAGGUGACGCCGACGUCGGCUAUUCGGAUGACGAAAUGGAUGACUUUGUAGUUGCCGACGAGUCGGAUGAAGAAGCGAAGCCGACCAAAAAGCGCAAGAGACCGUCAGCUCCCGCGAAAAGCAAAUCGUCCUCUUUACCACCUGCAGCUGAGGCCGAUGAAGAGCUUGAUAUGGAUAUUCCGGAAGGCUCAGCUGGUACGGCGCUCAAGUGGACAUACGACCCCGAGAAUCCCGAACCUCGACAGAACCGAGCCCCCCAGCCCUCUGCGAAGCCAUCUUCUGGUCCAGUCAAGCAAAAAGCACAUGUCACCGAGCCGGAACAGCGUUACGCUUGGUUGGCUAAGAUUCGCGAUAUUGACGGCAACCCUAUCGGCCAUCCCGAAUAUGAUCCUCGAACCCUUUAUAUACCUCCUCUUGCCUGGUCGAAGUUCUCUCCGUUUGAGAAGCAAUACUGGGAAAUCAAGCAAAAGUUCUGGGAUACUGUCGUGUUUUUCAAGAAGGGCAAAUUCUACGAGCUUUACGAGAAUGAUGCCACGGUUGGUCACCAAUUGUUCGACUUGAAGCUUACCGACCGUGUCAACAUGCGCAUGGUCGGUGUUCCCGAGAUGAGUUUGGAUCACUGGGCGAAUCAAUUCGUGGCCAAAGGUUUCAAGAUUGCUCGCGUGGACCAAGCCGAAUCUGCGUUGGGUAAGGAAAUGCGCGAAAGGGAUGGCAAGAAGGGUGGCAAGGAAGACAAAAUCAUCAGGCGAGAGCUUGCCUCUGUUCUUACGGCCGGUACCCUGGUCGAGGGUUCUAUGCUUCAGGACGAUAUGUCUACGUACUGCGUGGCAAUCAAGGAGGCCAUUAUCAAUGACCUCCCGACCUUUGGCAUAGCAUUCGUGGAUACCGCGACUGGGCAGUUCUUCCUUUCUGAAUUUGUGGAUGAUGCGGAUAUGACCAAAUUCGAGACCUUCGUUGCGCAGACCCGCCCACAGGAACUAUUACUUGAAAAAUCGACGGUUUCGCCAAAAGCCCUCCGAAUCCUGAAGAACAACACUGGUCCCACGACGAUCUGGAACCACCUGAAACCAGGCAAGGAAUUCUGGGAAGCUGACAUAACGGUCAAAGAACUGGAUGCGAGUGAAUACUUUGUCUCUCAGGACGAAGACAAUAUCGCAGCAUGGCCUGAAGCUCUGCGCGAAGCUCGCAACAAGGAGUUUGUUAUGUCUGCCUUUGGCGCCUUGGUCCAAUAUCUCAGGAUCCUGAAGCUCGACCGUGACCUGAUAACCAUCGGGAACUUUACCGCCUACGAUCCAAUCAAGAAGGCUUCUAGUCUGGUGCUGGACGGCCAAACGCUUAUCAACAUGGAGAUCUUCGCCAAUUCAUUCGAUGGUGGUGCGGAAGGAACACUCUUCCAGCUCCUCAACCGCUGCAUCACCCCCUUUGGCAAGCGAAUGUUCAAGCAGUGGGUGUGUCAUCCUUUGAUGGACUCCAAGAAAAUCAACGCCAGAUUGGAUGCUGUUGAUUCCCUCAACGCAGAUCCAAGCGUUCGAGAUCAGUUCUCGUCUCAGUUGACCAAGAUGCCUGAUUUGGAACGUCUCAUCUCUCGUAUCCACGCAGCCAAUUGUAAGGCGCAGGACUUCGUGCGUGUCUUGGAGGGGUUUGAGCAGAUCGAGUACACGAUGAGCCUUCUAAAAGAAAGUGGCUCGGGAGAAGGGGUCAUUGGUAAACUGAUCAAUGGCAUGCCCGAUUUGAACGAAUUACUUGAAUACUGGAAGACCGCCUUUGAUCGCAUGAAAGCCAAGGAGAAUGGAAUUUUGGUCCCGAAGCCUGGGGUUGAAGAAGAUUUCGACAAGUCACAGGACUGCAUUGAGCAACUGCACAAUGAUCUCGAUAACCUACUCAAGCGAACUCGUCGCGAACUCGGUUCUAGUGCUAUAUGCUACAAGGACAACGGAAAAGAAAUUUAUCAGCUUGAGGUGCCGAUCAAGGUGAAGAACAUUCCCAAGACCUGGGAUCAAAUGUCCGCCACCAAGCAGGUCAAGCGCUACUACUUUCCUGAAUUGCGCGCUCUCAUCCGCAAAUUGCUGGAGACCCAAGAAACGCACAGUCAGAUCGUCAAGGAAGUCGCUGGCCGAUUCUAUGCGCGAUUUGAUGAGCACUACACUACCUGGCUCGCCGCUGUCCGAAUUAUUUCUAAUCUAGACUGUUUGAUUAGCUUGGCUAAAGCUUCGGCUGCAUUGGGGCAGCCGAGCUGUCGUCCCGUGUUCGUCGAGGACGAGCGGAGCGUUUUGGAGUUCGAGGAGCUGCGGCAUCCUUGUCUCCUCUCCUCGGUGGACGAUUUUAUUCCGAACGAUGUGCGCCUGGGAGGAGAUUGUGGCAACAUCGAUCUCCUUACUGGUGCUAAUGCUGCCGGAAAGUCUACAGUUCUUCGCAUGACCUGUGUUGCCGUGAUCAUGGCUCAGAUCGGUUGCUACUUGCCCUGUGAAUCGGCACGCCUGACUCCAGUCGAUCGGAUCAUGUCGCGUCUGGGCGCCAACGACAACAUCUUCGCCGCCCAGUCGACCUUCUUCGUGGAACUGUCCGAGACGAAGAAGAUUCUAUCCGAAGCCACGCCCCGGUCUCUCGUUAUUCUCGAUGAACUGGGUCGAGGAACCAGCUCCUACGACGGAGUCGCCGUCGCCCAGGCAGUCCUGCAUCACGUCGCCACGCACAUCGGUGCUCUCGGCUUCUUCGCAACGCACUACCACUCCCUCGCCGCCGAAUUCGAAGGCCACCCCGAGAUAUCCCCGAAGCGUAUGAAGAUCCACGUCGACGACGAAGAGAAACGGAUCACCUUCCUGUACAAACUCGAGGAAGGCGUAGCCGAGGGCAGUUUUGGUAUGCACUGCGCGUCCAUGUGCGGUAUUCCCAAGAAGGUCAUCGACACCGCCGAAGACGCCGCGAAGCAGUGGGAACAUACUAGUCGGUUGAAGGAGAGCCUGGAGCGUCGUAAGGGCGGCGGCUUUGUCGGUCUGGGCUGGUGGAGCGAUGUCGCCUGGGCUCUGCGCGAGUCUUCAUCGUCGUCCACUGAGAAUGAUGCCGGACAGGACGAGGUCACGGAGCGUAGUCUGGAAGUGCUCCGGAAAGCCAUUGAGGCGCUGUGA